GUCGAUCUCGCGGUCGAAUUUCACAAGCUUCAGAGUUGCUGUGGGCGACUGCUUAUUAGAAUCCUCAAUCGGUUGGUUUACUCGAUCGAGAAAGCGUUUAGACUGGAUCCAGGGGACCUUGACGUCGGAAAACGUCGUCUCGGUCUUGAAUCUAGCAAUCGUUAUUAGCGGUAUGUCAACUCCGUAAAGAGCAGCAUUCUCUUCUUUGAAUUUCUGCUCUUGUAGAAAUCUUUGCCGCGCCUGUGCUCGUAGGCCGUCCAUCAAGUAAGUGUUUUGUUGAUUUGGGCGUACGACUUCGAUAGGUUAGGUAGCUUCGAGGAAGAAUCGGAAUUCCUAAAAGACGCAGAAGAGGUCGAGGCUGCAUAGAAAAGAGCCUAACAAGUCUGUCUGUCUGCCUUGUAGGUAACUUACAUCAUAGGCCAAGGGUGUCUCAGCUCCCUCUCGCAGAGCCCUAUUAUGGCUAGAUAUUUACCGAUCACAGCCUCCUUUCUAUACUGCGAACCGUGGCCCCCAUCCAAUCAACUUCAUGGUUUUAGGGGCUAUGCAGUAUACUCUGGUUCGUGGCUUACAUAUGAUAUUUGGGGAUCCUACAUAGGUACGACAGCCUUUUAAGAAAGCAGCAGCAACUAAUUUCCACGCCUGAGGAAAUACCGCUUGGCCUUCACUAUUUAUUUGUCAGUUUCGAGGUGCUAGGUUAGGUAGCUCGCAAUGGCCGAUUCAACGAGCCUUCGCGGCGUUGGCUUCUCCUCAGCGGUUUUAAAGGACCAUGGAAAGAGGAAACAAUUUAUAUCGAAACUGUCCUAUUCCCAACGAAGCUCUUUUGAAGUUCUGCUCGAAUGGUUGGACUCGCCUCAACCGGGUCGAGACGUCGACCGAGAGACAACAAAAAGAGCUAAGAGCCUGAACAUCACCACUUAUCGUAGUAUCAUGGCUAGGCUGAGAGACUCCGAGAUACGCAGACGCUUCGGCCGCAAACCGUGCAAGCCGUCCGAGCUCGCUAGCCUUCGCCGAAUGGCAAUGUGUUAUGCGGCGUGCGAAAGGAUAUCGUCGUCGUAUUGGCGAUUAGCACCACCACCGUCGAAGGACAUAUUCUUAACUCCAAAUACGCCGCUCCACGGUGCUUCUCUCGUAGCCGACAUAACCUUCGACCACGAAACGCCCUACUACCUCUGGGAUUGCCAACGCAGGGAAACCCGUACCGUCCAAGAGAUCGUCGACGCCGAGGGAUCUUUCCCGGAUUACGUCGCUAUAAGCCACUCCUGGGUUCGCUGGCAAGAUACCUCAGCUCCUAGGCUCGAGCUACCCGGCGUCCCGUGGGAAAUCCCCCGCAAUAAAAAGUUCGACGUGGAAAAGCUGCCGGACAUGCUAGCUGCUCUGCCCUGGCGCUACGCCUGGAUCGACCUAUUCACUAUUCCCCAAGGAUACAUGCUUACCACCGAGAUGCGCCGACGCCAAGACUGGGAGAUCAAAAGCGCGCCUCUGAUCUUUCGCAAGGCCCUAAAGGCCGUGGCCUGGCUCGACGAUUUACCGUCUUGGUCUUCUCUACCCAGGGCAUUAGAGUACCUUAGUCUGCAAUACCUAUCAUCAGCCUCAUCCACGUCCGGAGUAGACAAGAACCUGCUAUUACCAUCGAUUAGAACAGCCGCCGCAGACGCCGACAAACCCCUGGAACUUCUCCGGCACGAUCCGAACCGGCAGGCUCCCGCGGACGACAUCUGGGAGCCGAACGCAUGGUUCACGUCCAUGUGGUCUCUCCAGGAGGCCAUCAUGCGCCCGGACGUACUGCUGUGCAACGGGACCUGGGAAUUCCUCGAAAUCGGCAACGGUGUUCCAAUAGCACUAAACGACAUAGCCGCCUUUCUACGAGUCUGCUCUGGAAGUGCCGCGACCACCCAACCCCAACCUCUCUGCGUCCGAGAACUAUACCAACUCUUCGAGAGAGCAGGGCUUAUGAACCUCCUCGAGUUAACGAGGGAAACGUCGGUGAUGUAUGUCGAAAAGCUCGCUGGAUUCUCGCCGGUGAGCGACCGAGCAUAUCCGCAAAUCGUAUCGUCUGGGGGGACUGGGAAUCCCCACGAUAAGCCGUCAACUACGGUGUCGGCGCAUGGCAGGGAGACCAGGAUAAUUUCUGAUAGUGCGUGAUAGCGAAGAGCAUUAUGAAGCCGGCUACUACGAGAACAACAAUACGAGAACAACAAUGUGAGGCUACUGGCGCCCGUAAGUUUUGCUUUCGAGGGGGCCAUGACGUUGGGUAAA